AUGUCCAGAUAAUAUGAUGAUAAACACAUAUUAGGAUUUUAUACCGAGAAUGAUGAAUCGUCUCAUUCAAAUUCAAAAGAAAGUUAGAAUAGUAAUGAGAAAGGAAACAUCAUUCGUCUAUCUGUAUCAAAAAUCUUUGGCAAUAAAAGUAUCAAUAAUGAAAAGAACUAAACCAAAAAUUUAAAUAAGAUAAAGAGGAUGAAGAUGUUUAAUAAAACUUAUAGAAGAAAAAACUCUCAAUAAAAUGAUUUUGAAUAGGUAGAUUAAAAACAAGAUUAACAUUAAAAGUUUUAAUCCUUUAGUGACGACAAGGAUUAUUGUUAGAAACUAUAGGGAAAGUGUCAUUCAAGAACCAAUUUACCUAAAUAUGUCUAUCCAGGCGAAACAAAAAACAUGUAUUAUAACAUAUGUUAAAAUUUAAAACACUUUAUCUGUAAAUAUUUCUAAUCAUAAAAAUCAUAUUAGUCAUAUGAUGAAAUAAAAAAAUUUGUGGAAUCACCUUAACGACUAGGAUAUUUCGAAUUCAAAAGGAUGCUCAAAGAAAGCUCGAAGUUAUAACAAAUAACUAGAAUGUUUUUUGCCUAAUUAGGUUGGGCUCGAUUUUUCAUACUGAAUAAUAGAGUCGACUUGGAAUAGUACUUCAGGUAUAAACCAAAUUUUCUGAUCGAUAAGUGA